CAAUAACAAAUACACUUCAAAUCAGAAUGUCAAAUAAUCAAGUAAAAAAAGGUUAAUUAAUAAAUUGACAAUAAUUAUGGAUAAUAAAAAAGGAAGUGCAGAAAUUUUGAACACGGAUAGAGUUCAAUUAAAUUUAAAACACGACCAUUUUUCAGAUUCUGAUUCAAAAUCUAGUUCAUUAAAUUCAAAACAUGGACAUGAAUCGGUAAGAGAGACAUCAUCUGAUACGGGACAACCGACUGUUAGACCCGAUGAACCUCCACUUUUACCUGGUGAACGACUUCAAGGUGUUGCUCGAGAUGUUACAUAUUUAUGCCCGUACAGUGGACCCACAAGAGGAACUUUAAGUGUUACUAAUUACAAGUUACAUUUUCGUUCAGUUGAUCGCGACACUCCUUUUAUCUUAGAUGUGCCUCUUGGAGUGGUUUCACGAAUUGAAAAAGUGGGUGGUGCAUCUUCACGAGGUGAAAAUUCUUAUGGAAUUGAGGUAUUUUGUAAAGAUAUGCGAAAUCUUAGAUUUGCACAUAAACAAGAAAAUCAUUCACGUAGAAAUGUUUUUGAAAAAUUACAACAAUUUGCAUUUCCUUUAUCACAUAAACUUCCAUUAUUUGCAUACGAAUAUAAUGAACAAUUUCCUGAAUCUGGAUGGAAUGUUUAUGAACCAAUCGCAGAAUUAAAACGAAUGGGCGUUAAUAAUGACAUGUGGAAAAUAACUAAAAUCAAUGAAUCAUACGAAAUUUGUGACAGUUAUCCUGCAGUUUGGGCUAUACCAACGGCUGCAACAGAAGAAGAUAUUCGUGCUGUUGCACAAUUUAGAAGUCGUGCACGAAUUCCAGUUCUUUCAUGGAUUCAUCCAGAAUCUUUGGCUACAAUAACACGAUGUUCACAACCACUUGUCGGGGUUGGUGGAAAAAGAAGUCGUGAAGAUGAACGGUAUAUUCAAUUAAUAAUGGAUGCAAAUGCGCAAUCUCAUAAAAUGUCAAUAAUGGAUGCAAGACCAAGUGCAAAUGCUAUUGCGAAUAAGGCGAAAGGUGGUGGAUAUGAGUCCGAGGAUGCAUAUCAAAAUGCUGAAUUAGUCUUUGUUGAUAUUCAUAACAUACAUGUUAUGCGAGAAUCACUUAGAAAAUUAAAAGAACUUUGCUUUCCACAUACCGAUGAAUCACGAUGGCUUUCAGGUUUAGAAGCAACAUUUUGGUUGAAACAUAUUAAAUGUGUUUUGGCUGGUGCUGUCAGAAUUGUGGAUAAAGUAGAAAAUAAUCGAAAUUCAGUAUUAGUUCAUUGUUCUGAUGGUUGGGAUCGAACUGCUCAAUUAACUGCACUGGCAAUGUUAAUGUUGGAUCCAUAUUAUCGAACAAUACGUGGAUUUGAAGUACUCAUCGAAAAAGAAUGGUUAUCAUUUGGACAUAAAUUUCAACAGCGUAUUGGACAUGGGGACGAUCAUCAUAGCGAUGCCGAUAGAUCACCAGUUUUCUUACAAUUUUUGGAUUGUGUUUGGCAAAUAACACAACAGUUUCCUAAUGCUUUUGAAUUUAAUGAUCACUUUUUGAUAACCAUUUUGGAUCAUUUAUACUCAUGCAGAUUUGGUACAUUUUUAUAUAAUACAGAACGAGAACGUGUACAAGAAGGUGUUAAACAAAGGACAGUUUCACUAUGGUCAUUUAUAAAUAGUCAAAUAGAUUUGUACAAAAAUCCAUUAUAUUGGGCACCAGUAACUCAACAACGUGUUUUGAUACCAGUUGCGUCGUUACGGCAUAUACGCUUAUGGAAAGCAUACUAUUGUCGAUGGAAUCCUAGUAUGCGUCCACAAGAUCCUGUGUAUCAACGUACUCGAGAAUUAUUAGUGCUUAAGGAUCAAUUAAGUAGGCAAGUUGAAGAAUGUCGACGGGAACAACAAUUAAGAUCCGCAAGAAAUCUAACAACGCCACCACGUUUAGCAUCACCCUUGCAUACAUAAUAAGACUUGAAUAUUUUCUUAUAAUUAUUAUUUAAAUUGAAAAUAUAUAUUUAAGAAUUAAUUUUUCUUAACUUGAAUUUUUAAAAUAAAUAUAAAGGCAUUGUUACUAUUUAGCAUUGCGCAGCCAAAAGAAAUUAUAAUUUUAAGAAUCCGUAUAUUCAUUACCUGGAACAUGUUAUCAAAUAAAAUUUUUUUCGAAGUCUAAACUUCUAUUUUAUGUAUAUUAUGUUUUAAGCAAUUUGUGAAAGUGAUAUAAACUAUUUUACACAAA